AUGACGCCUCUGUGUUCAUCCAGCUUCGGAGGCUGCGGGAACAGCCCGAGCUGGGAGUCGAACACGACUCUGCUGAAAGCGGGCCGUGCGUUGUCGAUCCGGAUCGGUCUACGUUUUAUCGACCGCAUCUCUUGGGGGGGAGGGAGGGAAAGGGGGAAGAGGAGGAUUUGCUCUUCCUCUGAAGCCCUCCUUGGGUUUAUCUGCAUCGUUUUGCUCGAGCCCAGCGGGAGCGGCCGCCUCACCGCCGUGCAGGUCUCUUCAGAGCUUUGCUUGGGAAGUCCGCUCGCACCACGCAGCGCGCCGGGCCGAGCCCGGCUGCCGCCGGCGUACGGCGCUGCUGGGUCAGAGGCACCGCACCCCGCGCCUCUCCGAGAAGGGACACGCAGCCCCGGGCGCUGGCACGGUGUUAACUGCCAGCCUAAGGACUGGGUGGUUCGCUCCCCCGCUUCCCCCCUUCACCCCUCUCUUCUAAAGGGAGAUUCACGGAGAAAGUCUCUGAUGAACUUCUACGGCCGCUUUGUAAUCUCGCGUCGUUUAUGGUACGGAGUAAAGGAACCCGCAUGCACGCAGGGUGGAGUGGGAAAACGAAGGGCUCUGUCGUUUGGAGCCAAUAGUUUUCCAGGGGUCGUGACUACGAGGCAGCUCUCCGAGUCGGCUCCAAAGGGAGGGAGGAAGGAACGCAGGGAGGGUCACUACACUGAGGCUUUCCCACGGUCGCUCCACCACCUCCUUAACACUGGGAUAACGAAACACCCGUGGAGAGAGGAGCCAUCAGACAAAAGGUCAAGACUGGAAGCUAAAAAUCCAUUUCAAAAGGCAGAGAAAAGAAAUGAACAGCAACAACAACAAUGACAAAAAGCCAAAAGACUCCUCAUUUACGCAGCCGAGCUUUUCAAG